UUCUCCACCAAUAAACAAAUCAUGAUUAUUUUACUCAUGGCUUCCUAACCUCCCUCUGCAUGUGGCCAUGCUGCUCGCCCAAGCAAAGCCCAGCUCAUCAUCUAUCUCCAUCACCAUCAUAACUUCGCCACCACCACCAUCAUAACUUCGCCACCACUACCAUCAUUGCACCCCACCUGUUUGCGGAUUUAUCCCAAUGGAACUGUCUCUGAAACCCCAGCAAUUCGUCUUGUGUUCCCAAACGGCCCAGCUCUGAAAGUUGGGUUUUGCUGCAGGGAGCAAGAAGGGGAGAUUUCAAGAGUUGGGUUUGUUUUUGCCAUGUUUAUGGUGUGAUCUGAAGCAAAAAUUGUGACCAAGACUGCAGAAGCAGUUUGUGUUAGGAUUGCUUGAGAAGAUGGGGAAAAGAUUAGAGCUUUUGGUCGUUUUGUUCAUUGGGGUAAUUUUCUUGCAUGUCACUGCGGACCCAGUUGAAGAUAAGCAAGCUUUGUUGGAUUUCAUUCACAAUAUUUCUCACUCGCGCUCUAUCAAAUGGAAUGAGAAUUCUUCUGUUUGCGAAACCUGGAACGGCGUGAUCUGUAGCGAAGAUCAGUCCAGAGUUAUAGAGCUUCAUUUGCCUGGAGCUGCCUUACUUGGUCCAAUCCCACCGAACACUCUCAGCCGGCUUUCGGCGCUUCUGGUUCUAAGUCUAAGGUUGAAUAGCUUGACAGGUCCAUUCCCUUCUGAUUUUAACAAACUCGAAAACUUGUCUUCCCUUUAUCUUCAAUUCAAUAACUUCUCUGGCCCUUUGCCUUUAAAUUUUUCGGUUUGGAAGAAUCUUACUGUCAUGAAUCUGUCAAACAAUGCAUUUAGUGGGAAUAUCCCUUCCUCGAUUUCAAAUUUGACUCACCUCACAGUUCUGAAUCUCGCUAACAAUUCGCUUUCGGGUGAAAUUCCUGACCUCAAUGUUCCUAGUUUGGAACAGCUUGAUUUGGCUAACAAUAACCUCUCAGGGAUUGUUCCUCAAUCUCUUCAAAGAUUUCCAAGUUGGGCCUUUUCAGGCAACAGUCUGGCAUCAGCCCUUCCUCCAGCUCUUCCUGUUGAACCACCUAAUUCUCAACCAAGAAAGAAAACGAGAAUCAGUCAGCCUGCAAUACUAGGUAUUGUGAUCGGCGGAUGUGUUCUGGGAUUCGUUCUAAUUGCUUUUUUUAUGCUCGUUUGCUGCCGCAAUAAGGAAGGCGAAAAUGGGAAAGUUGAAAAACCAAAGAAGAAAGAACUCUUUUCAAAGAAAGGGGUUUCUGAGAAGCAAAAUAAGGAUACCAAGCUUUCCUUCUUUGAGGGUUCUAAUCUUGCAUUUGAUCUGGACGAUUUGUUGAGGGCAUCUGCUGAGGUUCUUGGCAAGGGAACGUUCGGGACAACAUAUAAGGCUGCUUUGGAAGAUGCAACCAAUGCAACCACUGUUGUGGUGAAGAGGUUGAAGGAAGUGAGUGUGGGAAAGAAGGAAUUUGAGCAGCAAAUGGAGAUUGUGGGAAGUAUCAAGCAUGAGAAUGUAGCCGCACUAAGGGCGUAUUACUAUUCGAAAGAUGAGAAGCUUGUUGUGUAUGAUUACUAUGAGCAGGGAAGCGCCUCUUCGAUGUUACAUGCUAAAAGAGGAGAAGGCAGGAUUCCGCUUAACUGGGAGACUCGACUCAAAAUAUCAAUUGGUGCAGCAAGAGGCAUAGCUCAUAUCCACACUCAGAACGCUGGGAAACUUGUCCAUGGAAACAUAAAGGCCUCAAACAUCUUCCUCAAUUCUCAAGGAUACGGUUGUGUGUGCGAUGUUGGUUUGCCAACACUGAUGAGUCCAAUACCCCCACCAGCAGUGCGUACAGGAGGAUACCGAGCCCCAGAAGUGACAGACACCCGCAAGUCUACCCCUGCAUCAGAUGUCUACAGCUUCGGGGUCCUGAUACUCGAGCUUCUCACCGGUAAAAGCCCCAUCCACACAACAGACGGGGAAGAAGUUAUUCACUUGGUGAGGUGGGUGAACUCUGUGGUCAGAGAGGAAUGGACGGCAGAAGUGUUCGAUGUAGAGCUUUUAAAGUAUCCCAACAUAGAGGAGGAAAUGGUAGAGAUGUUACAAAUAGGAAUGUCUUGCGUCGCAAGAAUGCCGGAGCAACGACCAAAGAUGCAGGAUGUGGUGAAAAGGGUGGAGGAAAUUCGUCAAGUAAACACCGGAACUCGACCAUCAUCAGGAAUUUCGACUCCAAUCUUAAAUACGCCGCCUCCUCCAUUGGAGAUAGCAGGACCUUCCUCUGUAACCCAGUGAAUUACUUUCGUAGUUCUUUGUUAAGAUAAUCAUAUGCUUCAUUGAUCACUAAUAAACACGCUGCCUCCGUGUGAGAUAUUGAGGCAGUGCAGUGAAGAACUAUAGGUUGUGGUUUCAUA